CUCCAGCAAAGGAUUCCUGCAGGAUGUCUCCAGUCCUUCACUUCUACGUCCUUCCCUCUGGCCAUGAGGAUGCAGCCUUUGGACGCAUUCUGAGGAAGCUGAAAGGGAAGCUGCCAGAGCUGCAGGGUGUUAAGACGGAGCUGUGUUACAAUGUGAACUGGACAGCUGAUUCCCUCCCUAACACCGAGGAGAUGAAGAAGUUGAAGUGGCUCUUUGGCUGCCCUUUAUUGCUGGAUGAUGUUGCUCAUGAGUCCUGGUUCUCUCCUACCCCAAAUGACCUGGUGCUAGAGGUUGGACCCAGGCUGAACUUCUCUACCCCAGCAUCUACCAACAUUGUGUCAGUGUGCCACGCCGCUGGACUGGAGGCUGUGGAUCGUGUGGAGACUACUCGGCGCUACUGGCUUUCUUUUAACCAACUGCCUCCAGCUGUGGUGAAGACCCUUGCACUUGAUACCCUGCAUGACCAGAUGACAGAGCAGUGCUUCCUGCAACCCAUUCAGAGUUUCUCUCCUGAGAGCACCCGAGCACCCCUUGAUGGCCCCAUCGACAUAUUGGGCAAGGGCCGGGCUGCUCUGGAGAAGGCCAACCUGGAGCUAGGUUUGGCCCUAGAUUCCUGGGACCUGGAUUUCUACACCAGGCGCUUCCAGGAGUUGCAGCGGAAUCCCAGCACUGUGGAGGCCUUUGACUUGGCUCAGUCCAAUAGUGAACACAGCCGACACUGGUUCUUCAAGGGUCGGCUCCACUUGGACGGACAGGAGCUGCCUCACUCAUUGUUUGAGUCCAUCAUGAGUACUCAGGCAUCCUCCAACUCCAACAACAUCCUCAAGUUCUGUGACAACAGCAGUGCCAUCCAGGGAAAGGAUGUCAGAUUCCUGAGGCCGGAAGACCCUACCCAGCCAAGCCGCUUCCGGCAACAGCAGGGGCUGAGACAUGUAGUCUUCACAGCAGAGACCCACAACUUCCCCACAGGAGUAGCACCUUUCAGUGGUGCCACCACGGGGACUGGGGGUCGGAUCCGAGAUGUCCAGUGCACAGGCCGAGGUGCCCAUGUGGUGGCUGGUACUGCCGGCUAUUGCUUUGGAAACCUGCACAUCCCCGGUUACAGUCUGCCCUGGGAGGAUCCAAGCUUCCUGUAUCCUGGCAAUUUUGCCCAGCCCCUGGAGGUUGCCAUUGAAGCCAGUAAUGGGGCUUCUGACUAUGGCAACAAGUUUGGAGAACCAGUUCUAGCAGGCUUCUCCCGUUCUCUUGGCCUCCAGCUUCCUGAUGGCCAGAGGCGUGAGUGGAUCAAGCCCAUUAUGUUUAGUGGAGGCAUUGGGUUCAUGGAAGCUGAGCAUGUGAGCAAGGAGUCCCCAGAGCCAGGCAUGCAGGUAGUGAAGGUGGGGGGUCCUGUGUACAGGAUUGGAGUUGGAGGUGGAGCUGCGUCAUCGGUACAGGUGCAGGGAGACAACACCAGUGAACUAGACUUUGAUGCUGUGCAGCGAGGAGACCCAGAGAUGGAACAAAAGAUGAACCGUGUGAUCCGGGCUUGUGUGGAGGCCCCAGAGGGAAACCCCAUCUGCAGCCUCCAUGACCAGGGUGCUGGUGGCAAUGGCAAUGUCCUGAAGGAGCUGAGUGACCCAGCUGGGGCUGUCAUUUACACCAGUCGCUUCCAGCUUGGGGACCCAACCUUGAAUGCCUUGGAAAUCUGGGGUGCUGAGUACCAGGAGUCAAAUGCGCUCCUGCUGAGGGCCCCCCACCAGGAUUUCCUGAGUCGAGUCAGUGCCCGGGAACGCUGCCCAGCCUGCUUUGUGGGCACUAUUACCGGAGACAGGAGAAUUGUACUGGUGGACGAUCGAGAAUGUCCUGUGAGAAGAAACGGUGAGGGCGAUGCCCCUGUAGGGUCUCCCCCGACUCUUGUAGACCUAGAGCUGGAGUGGGUGUUGGGCAAGAUGCCUCGUAAGGACUUCUUCCUACAGAGGAAUUGCCUUGUGCUGCAACCACUGACCUUACCCCCGGGGCUGAGUGUACGCCUGGCACUGGAUCGGGUUCUGAGGCUGCCAGCUGUGGCCAGCAAGCGCUACCUCACCAACAAGGUGGACCGCUCUGUCAGUGGCCUGGUAGCCCAGCAGCAGUGUGUCGGACCGCUGCAGACUCCUCUGGCAGACGUGGCAGUUGUGGCACUGAGUCACCAGGAACUUGUGGGUGCGGCUACAGCCGUGGGGGAGCAACCAGUCAAGAGCCUGCUGGACCCCAAGGCUGCUGCCCGGCUGGCCGUGGCAGAGGCCCUCACUAACCUGGUGUUUGCUCUGGUCACUGACCUCCGGGACGUGAAGUGCAGUGGGAACUGGAUGUGGGCAGCCAAGCUCCCGGGAGAGGGUGCUGCUCUGGCUGAUGCCUGUGAAGCUAUGGUGUCAGUGAUGGCAACCCUGGGCAUUGCCAUAGACGGUGGCAAGGACUCCCUCAGCAUGGCUGCCCGAGUCGGCACUGAGACAGUAUUGGCUCCUGGGUCGCUGGUCAUCUCAGCCUAUGCUGUGUGUCCGGACAUCACAGCUACUGUGACCCCAGACCUCAAGCAUCCUGGUGGAAGAGGUUGCCUGCUGUAUGUGCCACUGAGCCCUGGGCAGCACCGCCUUGGGGGCACUGCUCUGGCCCAGUGCUUCUCCCAGCUUGGGGAGCAGCCUCCUGACCUGGACCUUCCUAAGAACUUGGUGCGUGCCUUCACCGUCACCCAGGGGCUGCUGAAAGACCGCCUCCUCUGCUCAGGCCAUGAUGUCAGUGAUGGAGGCCUUGUCACUUGCCUGCUGGAGAUGGCCUUUGCUGGGAAUUGUGGGAUAGUGGUGGACGUGCCUGCUCCGGGGGCUGAUGCACUGCCUGUGCUGUUUGCUGAGGAACCAGGCCUGGUGCUGGAGGUGCAGGAGGCAGACCUAGCCCAGGUGCUGAAGCGUUACCGGGAUGCAGGCCUGCAGUGCCUGGAGCUGGGCCGCACCAGCGAUGGUGGGCCCCAUGCUGUGGUCCACAUGUCCGUGAAUGGGACUGUGGUUCUGGAGGAGCCUGUUGGGCACCUGCGAGCCCUCUGGGAGGAGACGAGCUUCCAGCUGGACCGCCUACAGGCAGAUCCUCACUGUGUGGCAGAGGAGGAACGGAGCCUAAGGGAGCGGACAGGGCCUAGCUACUUCCUGCCCCCCACCUUUCCCAAAGCUUCUGUGCCUCAGGAGCCUGGUGGUCCAGCCCCCCGAGUUGCCAUCUUGCGAGAGGAGGGCAGUAAUGGAGAUAGGGAGAUGGCCGAUGCCUUCCAUUCUGCUGGGUUUGAGGUGUGGGAUGUCACCAUGCAGGAUCUCUGCUCUGGGGCUAUUAGACUGGACACCUUCCGGGGCGUGGCCUUCGUGGGUGGCUUCAGCUACGCAGAUGUUCUGGGUUCUGCAAAAGGGUGGGCAGCUGCCGUGACCUUUCAUCCAAAGGCUGGGACUGAACUGAGACGCUUCCGGAGGCGGCCAGACACGUUCAGCCUGGGUGUGUGCAAUGGCUGUCAGCUGCUGGCUUUGCUGAGCUGGGUCGGGGGAGACCCUAGCCAGGAGGCCGGGGACACUGGCUGUGACUCCUGGCCCGCCCCACCAGGCCUCCUGCUGCGCCACAACCUAUCUGGGCGUUUCGAGUCCCGCUGGGCCAGUGUGCAUGUGGGGCCUGGACCCGCCAUUAUGCUGCGAGGAAUGGAGGGCGCUGUGCUGCCCGUGUGGAGCGCCCACGGGGAAGGCUACAUGGCGUUUUCUUCUCCAGAACUUCAAGCCCAUAUGGAGGCCAAGGGCUUGGCUCCACUACACUGGGCGGAUGAUGCUGGGAACCCCACAGAGCAGUACCCCAUGAAUCCCAAUGGCUCCCCAGGAGGUGUGGCUGGUGUCUGCUCUCCCGAUGGCCGCCACCUGGCACUCAUGCCUCACCCUGAGCGGGCUGUGAGGCCUUGGCAGUGGGCAUGGCGGCCCCCUCCGUUUGAUGCCCUGACCACCUCUCCCUGGCUCCAGCUCUUCAUCAAUGCCUGGAACUGGGUCCAGGAAGUAGGCUGCUGA